AUGAAGUUCACCAACCUGAUCCUCGCUGCUAGCGCUGCUAGCAUUGCCACUGCCUACCCCAAGGGCCGGGAUACCCUUCCUGCCAAGCGUAACGUUAAGGAAAAGCGUGCUUCCGGUUUCACCUGGGUUGGUGUCAGUGAAUCUGGCGCUGAGUUUGGUUCGAACAUUCCCGGUACUCUGGGCACCGACUACACUUGGCCGGUGACUUCCAAGAUUGAGGUCCUGCGUAACAAAGGCAUGAACAUCUUCCGUGUUCCCUUCUUGAUGGAGCGUCUGGUUCCUGAUAGCAUGACUGGUACUCCCGACUCGACUUACCUGGCGGCCCUGAAGUCUACCGUCGAGUACAUCACUGACAGUGGUGCAUAUGCUGUUCUGGACCCCCACAACUAUGGCCGAUACUCUGGCAGUAUCAUCACCUCCACCUCCGACUUUAAAACCUUCUGGACGACCGUCGCUUCUGAGUUUGCCUCCAACGAUCUGGUUAUUUUUGACACCAACAACGAGUACCAUGACAUGGACCAGACCCUGGUUCUCAACCUGAACCAGGCUGCCAUUAACGGUAUCCGUGCUGCUGGCGCCACCACGCAAUAUAUCUUUGUUGAAGGCAACGCCUGGACUGGCGCUUGGUCCUGGACCGACAAUAACGACAACUUGAAGGACCUGACAGACUCGGAGGACCUCAUUGUCUACGAGAUGCACCAGUACCUUGACUCUGAUAGCUCCGGUACCUCUGAGACCUGCACUAGCACUACCAUUGGCAAGGAGCGCCUCGAGUCCGCCACUACUUGGCUGAAGAACAACAACAAGAAGGGCUUCAUCGGCGAGUUUGCCGGUGGCGUCAACUCUGACUGCGAGACUGCCGUCGAAGGCAUGCUUUCCUACAUGUCAGACAACAGCGAUGUCUGGAUGGGCGCCGAGUGGUGGGCUGCUGGUCCCUGGUGGGGAACUUACAUGUACAGCCUGGAGCCCACUGACGGCCCCGCAUACUCGACCUACCUCCCCAUCCUGGAGAAGUAUUUCGUCAGCAGCUCAUCUUCCUCCUCGUCAUCUUCAUCGUCGUCUUCUUCUUCUUCCUCUUCGUCCUCCUCCUCUUCCACCUCUUCGUCCUCUUCGUCAUCUUCGUCCUCCACUUCCACCUCCACCGUCGCCCAGCAGACCUCCGCCUCUGCCACCACCAGUAUCGAGGUUAUCAGCACGCCGAACUCCCAGGUCCAGGCCUCCAGCCCCGCCGUUGAGUCCACCAGCUCUUCAACCGCUGCCGUUGCUUCUGUCGCUCCCAUCGAGACUGCUGCCGCUUCCCCAUCUACCGCUGCCGUCUCCACUCCAGCCUCGAACCCGACCACUUUCGUCAGCGUCGCCUGCUCCGCCUCCUCGACCACCAGCGCCCCCACCGCCUCGGCUACCACUUCUACCAGCGGUGGUGUUGCAGCCCACUACUACCAGUGUGGCGGCAUCAACUGGACCGGUGCGACUUCGUGCGAGAGCGGAUACACCUGCGUGAAGCAGAACCCCUACUACUACCAGUGCGUCUAA